GACCUGAAGUCAUAACGGAUUCGCAGUUCUCUAUAACCAGUUGCAAAAUUAAACUUGAAGAAAAUGACUACAUGUAUCCAAAGUGAAAUUAACCAGUGGGUUGCCGAUACCUUCAAAGAGAAUCAAUUCAAAGACCUCAGUGCUGAAAUAGUUGGAACUUCAGAACAGGGCGAAGGGUACCUAGGAAAUAUAACUUUUGCCAAAGUCACAGGUGUACCAUUUUCUGGAAAAGCCAAAGAAUUUCACGUAGUUAUUAAAUCGGAAAAACGAGGGGAUGGCACCACAAAUCUGUCUCCAGUCCAACUGGCCUAUGAAAGGGAAAACUUCUUCUACGAUAAAGCAGUUCCCGCUUUCCAAGAAAUUGAGAAAAAAUAUGGAAUCAAUAUAACUCAGCAAUUAUUCCCGAAGUGUUUUAGUACCCUUUCCUACGAAGAUCAGCAAUUGAUCGUAUUGCAAAACCUGAAGUCUUUAGAUUUUGAGCUUUACGACAGACACCAGCCCUUCGAUAUGGAGCAUUUGAAAGUCACUCUUUCAAACUAUGGGAAAUUUCACGCUUUGAGUUUAGCAUAUCGGGAGCACAAACCUAAGGAAUUUAAGGAGCUAUUUAGUGGACUGCCAUGUGCGAUGAAAAAUAUUAUCGAACUGACGAAAAAUUCAGUAGAUGCAGCUGAAAAGUGUCUGUACAUGAUGCUAGAGGAAAAUCAAAAGUUUAAGGCAGCUGAAAAACUGAAAGAGCUGCUUCCGGAUGGAGUCACCGCAAAAAUUCAACAAAUGUUAAGAAUUCAAGAGCAUGAAGAGAAUGCGGUUUUAGUGCAUGGAGAUUGCUGGAAUAAUAAUUAUAUGUUCAAAUAUCCGAAGCAAGAGAAGACACUACCGGAAUCGGUAAAAUUCUUGGAUUUCCAAGUAACCAAGCUGAGCUCACCAGUAAUGGACCUAUCAUAUCACAUUUAUGCAACGGCUUCAGAAAAAGAACUUGCCCAGUUGAAGGAAUUGCUUCAAAUCUAUUACUCGUCAUUAUCCAGUAUGCUGAAAAAAUUGGGGUGCGAUCCCGAAAAAGUAUUUCCUUAUGAAGAACUAAUCAGGCAAUGGAAAAAAUAUUCGUGUUUUGGUUUUGCGAUGUCGUCGUUUGUCUUACAAAUUGUUUUAUUGGAGAAAGAAGACACCAUUGAUAUCGAAGCAAUGGGGGGAGAAAAUGUAACGGCAAACAUGCUAAAAUCGAAUAAUUCGUUAAAUAAGAUAUACUCAAGGCUGAGUGCUCUAGUUGAGCACUAUCUUGAAUUUGACGAUUUUUAAGUCGAAUAUGCCAGCAACAUUGUGAUUAAAUAACAAAUCCAAUAGUUUGAUUUGUUAUGGGUAACGCACACGUGAGGUGAUUGGUUUUUUAUUUUGCUCAUAAGGUUACGUUUUUUGCUAAAUUAGAUUUAUAAUGUUUAAAUAGUUUAUACUGUUCUAGUUGAAAAUUACUACUCAGGGAACUCAUUAAAAAAAUAAAUUAACUCAUAAAAUGACGAAAGUUGUCAAAUUUGUAUAUACAUACAAAUCGGGCGAUAUCUGGUAAAAUUGUGUAUCCAGAAAAACUGUCAAAAUCAAAGCAACUUGAAUAGAUAUUGGUGAGAAUUACUCGAAAUGCAAGAGGAAGAAUAGUUGAACAUGAAUAGUUGAAUGUUAUGUUUAUACUUUAAAUAAUAUAAAUCCGAUGGAUUUCUAAUAGGCGUCUAGUUGUCUUAGAUUUUACACUCAUUUUUAUUGUUUUAUGUAAUAUAUUUACCAAGAUUACACUUGAAAUACGUUGUUUUUUUAUUACGUUUAAUGCUUUAAAAAUAUAAUUGGUAACAAAAGUAUCUGUUGAGAUUGUAGAUUUAAAAGCUCAAUUUAUUCAGAGAUUAGUACGUUUAAAUUGAAUCAUUUCUAGCGCUCUAAGACAUCGUAUAGACAAAAUUGAUAAUUUUUAGUAAAAACUAAGUAUUAUAAUACGCACAUCAUAGUCUUUGCGCGUGGGUUAGCAGGUUAAACCAGAUAACAGAGAUAAUAAAAAUCAUCAUAUUUAACAGCAUUGUAAAGGUUUAAGAAUUAAUAAAGAGAAUAACUAAUAUGCAAUCAAAUAAGAUCAACUAGUCUAUUUAUCACAUGGUUUUUAAAUGCGCAUUUAUUUUCUAUGUUUUACAAAAAUGAUAAGUACCGUUAAUUUAUCCACUAGAUGGAUGAAGAAGUAGUUGUUCAUUUAUUUCCGAUAAAUAACUUUUUUUAAAUUAUGUAAAGUUUUAAACAAUUUAUUUUAUUUAAUUAAUAUAACAUUAAGCCAUUGAUUGUCACAUA